CAUGUUGACGCUCGUAAAGUGCCGAGAGAAAGAGCUAGCAAAAACACAAACAGCCGACCGGGCGUUGUGUGUGUGUGAGAGAGAGAGAGAGCUGAGGCUGGUCGCCCCGAUGCUGCUCCUGCUACGGAGUGUGUAUUGACGGAUCUGUCGUGUCAAAGCAGGAGAUAGAGCUGUUAACGAUCGUUUCUGACAGCUGCUGUUAAUGUCUCACAUUACUGAAGCAAUGCAGUCCCAGGGCAGCACUUCCUCUCAGCCCUCCUUCGAUUCCCUGAGCUCCAGUGACAGCCUUUUGUGCAGCGACUCGGAGCAGGCCGAGGACGACACAGACGUCUUCCUGACGGACGGCUCUUCUGUCAUUAUCGGGGGCGGGACGAAGGCCAAUGGAGACAGAGGGUCGGAGAGUCCCGGGUCCCAGUGGACGUGCGACGGCUUCACAGAUAAAGAGGAAGAGGAGGAGUCGUACAGGUCGGAGAACGGCGACAAGGCAGCUCGCAUCAGUUUGGAAGAGACCGAUCCUACAAAACAGAUUCCAAAAUCACAGGGAGACCUGCAGUUUGCGCAGAAGUGUGCUGAGCUACAGGGUUUUGUCAGGCCCCUGCUGGAGCUGCUGAAUGGACUGAAGAGGGGUCGAUUCGAUCAAGGUUUAAGUAGUUUCCAGCAGAGCGUCGCCAUGGAUCGAAUCCAGAGGAUCGUGGGUGUUUUACAGAAACCAAACAGCGGGGAGAAGUACCUGAACACUCUGCUCCAGGUGGAGAUGAUGCUGAAGCUGUGGUUUCCGCAGAUCGCCUCCCAGUCUAUCUCUGCAACCUCCAACAUCGGCGUAUCCCUCGCUUGCUCCCUCCAAGACACUUCCAACGCCACCCCACCGCACAAGCACAGGGAUCAGUCACACAUUCCUGUCAAGAAGCGAAGACUCAGCUGGACAGGUACGGACUCCCCGACACCUUCCCCAGUGCUUCUCAAGUGUCCUCGUAUCUGUGCGGAAGAGAAGAGUGUGAAGCAGGAUCGUGAUGGAAAGGACAGCCCUCCUUCUCCAUCAUUGGCACCUGAUGCAAACCAAAAUUCACCAGAUGCGGCUGGAAACAAACAGUUAAAUGAGGACACAAAGGGAAAGGACAGUGACGGCAAACAAUUGAAAUACAAAGCAGGUCAAAGCUCCGAGCCGAGCCUGACGUGGGUUCACGUUGCCCCCAUCCUGUCCCCACGAAAGGUCUGCCCUUCGCACGAGGGCACAACAGUGGUGGGUAACAAUGAAAACCAGCCCGUCACUGCCGUCCGCCCACCCAGAAGGAGGGGCAGUCUAAAUACUCAAGACGGCUCCAUUACUUCUACAUCAGUCAAGAAGCACCCCAAAAAUCUGAAGAAGCCAAUCGGGUGCCAAAGCCAGCCUAUUGCUGGACAACAGAGUGAGAGUGCUACCGGCGAGACAUGUCGGGGUCAAAUUGAGCCUCCUCACGUCACGCUUACUCCUUUGCCCGUGUGCCCCGCCCGCUUGGAGACUUGAUGCAUUGAACAGGAAAAAGAGCCGGCAGCUUUGCUUUUUCACACCACCAGGCUAAAAGCUGCUGUGAGGAAGAAGGGAAGAUGCAGAAGGUGAUUAUAGAUGCAUUAAAAGGGAGGAAGGGGAGGAAAGAAUUAUAGGUGAUAAAUGUUGAAGAUCAUGCAUUAACCCUCCUAUAAACCACAACAGGACAUAAUGUGUUUUUAAAUUAGUCAAAUUUUUUGAGUUGAUAAUCACAACUACAUAAUAAUCUUAACCUGUGCACAAAAGCAGUUGUGGUUGAGGGGGAUGGGGGAGAACACCUUAAACUGUAAUGCCAUUUACAGUUUAUUGAGUAAUGAUCAAAAGGAGAGAUUUGGAAGAAUUUUCGAGGAACAAAUGAUAGUUUUUCCUCAGCACGAAAGCAAUCACUAUAUUCAAAGAUGACUGGCAGACACUUGGUCUGAAAUUGGAAAAGCUGAUGUCAAUAUUCAGAAUGAAAGCUUCCGAGGUUUAUUGUGAUGAGGUAACUUUAAUCCAGAGUGAGUAAAACAGGGUGAGCUGAAUUUUUAAGCUAGUCACGUUUUGACGUUACAUUCACUUGUAGAUAGAAUUGAGGCAUCUGGCUUGAAGAGCAAACGUGACGGUGAAGUCAUUGGAAAAAUCUUGUAGCUAGAGAUGUGAGAAAUACAAUGUACAGAACGCAGCAUUAUACCGUACGUGUGGUGUGUUAGAAUCAUGGGAGACUGUGGAGAAAAUGAUGUCAUCAAUUCACGAAUGUAAUCCAAGAACUGUCUGAGCACAUGACAUGGAGAGGUGUGUCAUCACAGCAAUCAGAGGUCAACUUCUCUCGUCAUGCUGUGGAUUAGUUUCUGCCCGGUGCUCGACUGCAGACUGACCGGCAAUCGGUGUCCAAGAAAAUCCAAGAAAGACUUUUUUUUAAAAGACGAGCCGGAGAAAAAACAAGGACCACUCAAAGACAUGCGACUCUCGAGUCCCACAGUUAAUUUAUUCAUGUGUUGAUCGGACACUGCAUUUAUUUAUUGUUUUAUUUAUUGGGCAGCUGAAUAUCGCCUGCUGUGCUCCUGCACAGUUUGGCCUACAAUUGUUUUUGAGGAGAUUGGGAAGAUGCUGUUGACAGUUUGUGGUUUUUAUUUCUAUCAAGGGGAGAGAAAAAAAAAAAGAAACCAGAAGGAAGUGAAAUGUUAUGAUUGGACUACUGUGCCUUUUUACCAAAUAGGAUGUGUUCAGAAAAGCAUUUGGUGCUUUCAGUGCAUUCACACUGCGUUUUUGAUUGUUUGCUUGUAUUUCACAAAACCAGUACAAAUUCAAUCAUGACAGCCUACAUGUAGUCAUUUUCAUCUUGCUCCUAAAGUUACACACAGCAUCCAAACCUACAGUAUCAUCAACUAUCUAACUAAUAUUCAGACAUCUACAGUUACAUAAACUGCCUACAUCUUCAACCUUUACACACUUACACACUAACACACACACACACCAACAGCAGUGGCUACUAUUUGUCAUGUAGUAUUAUUACAGUGUAGCCUUCCUUUGGAGCUUUUACUUUGGUGCUCUUGAAAACUUGAAAAAUAACAGAAAUAAUAAAUGUAAGUAAAUCUGUAUUUGCACCACCCUCUACUGCUGCUAUUGUUCUGAUUCCAGUCCUAAUUUAGAUGUUUGAUAGGAAAGAUCUGGAUCUGCUCACAAUAUUCUUCUAAAAGUAGAAGGGGUUUUAGUGAUGUGAUUGGAUUUACCUAUAUUGCAAAAGUAUUGUAAAUAUUUAGACUAAAAUAUUUUUAAAUUGGUAUGAGUGGUUCAUACACUAUUUACAGAAAUAAAGAGGUUGGAUAUCCAUGUACCUGUCUUUUCCAAAAAUAAAAAACGCCACACGUGAACACAGAGCCACUGGCAGCCUCCAUUUUACUGCCUAUGUUUGUGGAAUAAGGAGUGUGUACAAACCCUCAGUCACAGACCCAGAGUCAGACCGUCUUACCUCAUCCCGUCUUCAAACAUGUCGGUACGAUGUGCCAGACGCUGACUCUCGAUAAGGGGCUGGGGGAGGGGGGAGCGGGGAGGGGGGGGGGGUCCUCUUCCCCACUCCUGUUUUUAUAUGGUUGUGGUAUGACAGAGAAACCAAUUGCACUUAUUUUUCAUUCUUUGUCCUAUUUUCAUGUGUUUUCUACUGCAGCGACCACUGCUGAUUGGUCAGAAAUAAUGUCUUUAUUUUAGCUGCCUUUUUUUCUUCCUAAACUGUAAAAGCUGACUGUAGUUCCCUCCUCGCCUCCCCUCCCCUCCCCUCCCCCACUCUGCUGCAUUCAUCUGCCCUUGCCCUUCUCUCCUUCAUCCCCCUCAAUCCCGUUAGUAUCUUUUCUUUCUUAACUAAACCCUGUCUUUGUCUCACCCCAUCUUUACAUACUAUUACUCUUCUGGCUACUUUUUCAAUAAUGAUGAACAGGAAAAAAAUCUUUUAAUAAAUUACA